CUCUAUGGUUGGGGUUUCCAGGCGAGGCCUCCGCCGCGACUCUAUGGUCGCAGUCCGCCCGCCCCGCGCGGGCCUGCCGUGUUCGCGAUGCCGCCGGCGCCGGUGUCGGUGUCCUGAGGCGGAGACGGGCGCGGCCGUGGCCCUCCCCACGUGGGCCCACCGGCGGGACCUGGAGGGCCUCUGAGCCGUCUAGGAGGGCCCUGAGGUGGUGCCUGAGGGCUGGUUCAGAGUGAAGACUCUGGUGUUUGAAGGAGGAAGAUGAACUCUGGGAGGACAGAGUAAACUUGCCCACGAAAGAAAACCAAACCCACCCCAGGAACUGCAGUAAAUGAUGUGGCAGUGAACCUCAGCAGGGGCUGAUGAUGGAAGAGGUGCACAAGAGCAGCAGCAGCAGCAGCAGCUCGGUGACGCCGCCGCAAGCCGCAGCCGUACAAGGUACAACCCUUCAGGCAGCUCAGCUCUCUCAUAUUGCUCAACAGAUGUCUCUGCGGGGUCCUGCUCCCCUGACAGUUGUGCAGCUUCCUGGAGAGCAAGUCCAGGUCCAGGGAGUCAUUCAGACAGCUCAGUCCUCUUCUGUCAUCCACUCCCCUCAGGUGCAGACAGUGCAGGUGUCUCUGUCUGAGAGUGAGGACUCUCAGGACUCCUCGGACAGCAUCAGCUCGGCACAGAGGGCUGGAGGCAUCCUCGCACGGAGACCUUCCUACCGAAAAAUUCUGAAGGAUCUUUCCUCUGAAGAUAGUCGAGAGAGGAAAGGAGAUGAGGAGAGUCCUGGGGUCUCCACGGUCACAUCCAUGUCUGUGCCCACACCAAUCUACCAGACCAGCUCUGGCCAGUACAUUGCCAUCGCUGCCAACGGGCUGCAGCUGGGCGGCGCCGGCGCCGAGGGCGUGCAGGGGCUGCAGGCGCUCACCAUGAGCAGCGCUGGCAGCGCCCAGCCUGGCACCACCAUCCUGCAGUACGCUCAGACCUCCGACGGGCAGCAGAUCCUCGUGCCCAGCAACCAGGUGGUGGUGCAGACUGCCUCGGGGGACAUGCAGACCUACCAGAUCCGCACCACCCCCACCCCCACCUCCCUGCCCCAGGCCGUGGUGAUGACCUCUCCUGUCACCCUGAGCUCGCAGACAAGCAAGACAGACGACCCCCAGCUGAAACGCGAGAUCAGGCUGAUGAAGAACAGGGAGGCUGCUCGGGAGUGCCGCAGGAAGAAGAAGGAAUAUGUGAAGUGCCUGGAGAACAGAGUGGCAGUGCUGGAGAACCAGAACAAGACUUUGAUUGAAGAGCUAAAGACUCUGAAAGAUCUUUACUGCCAUAAAAGUGUCUAAGGAAAGGUCAAACCUCUGUGGACUGUGGAAAAUUCCAGAGGAGAAUUUUGGGGUUUGGUUUUUGUUUUGGUUUUUUUUUUGUCUUUUUUUUUUUUAUAGACUGAAUUUUUUUUGUUUUUAACCUAAAGGAAAGGUUCAAAGAAACAAAGCAACACAAAAACCCAAACAAAAAGAGACACUUUUCUACCUGGAUUUCACAGCUUCAAGGCUCCAGAGUUUAUUUACAACCUGUUGGUGACACAAGAAAGAAAAAAAAAGGACAAGAAAAAAACCUCAGCAAAAUUCCUGCUGGCACAACUGGAAACUUGCUCAAGUCGAAACUGCAGCUGCAGUGAGAGGACAGAGACAGCCCUGCCCGAGGCCAGGUGGUGAAAAUCCCUUGGGAUAUCCCUCUUGUCCUGGAGACUUUGGCUUGAGUGUGGCUGCAGUGACCUCCCUCCAUGGCUGGCAUUAAGUUUCGUUCAGCACCAGCUGAGUUCUUCCUCUCUUCCUUUCCUCUCUCAGCUCUUUUGUCUGUAAAUAUUUCCCUCUGGGCCCCCGGAGCUGCUCCUGGCAGGGGCAGGUGAUGAAGCCAGAAGCUGUUGGGCUGCUGGAGGCAUCGAUUCUCUGGACUCUCUCAGCUGACAGGUUCCAAAGUUGGCCUUGGUGGUUGUUUUGGGGUAUUUUUUUCCUCCCAUGUUUGCUGUGUUUAUCCAGUCUGGGAAGGAUCUGCAAGCAAGCAGCCAGGGAGGCCCAGUCCUGGAGCUGCCUGGGCCACAGAGACCUCAGCAUGCUGAAGACUUCUCCUAUGUACUCCAAGAGGAGAGUGGAAGUGAGGACACCUGAAGUGCUUCUUGUGCCCUUCCCAUGCCCACUGUGGGUGAGGCCUCAUCCAGGCUGGGUGCUGGCCCCAGGCAAGAGGGCCUAGAGGUCACCCAGCCCCUGCAGCCCAGGUGGGCUGGGGUCUGAUGGCCUUGGGAAAGCUUCUGGAACCAGGUGCUGGUGAGCAAGGUUCUGAAGGGUGACUCGUGGUGACAGUGAUGACUUGAUGAUGAUGAUGAUUUCAGAAUUUGCUGAGCUAUUGAGCAUCCAGAACCCAGCCCCAACCCAGGUGCUGCUGCUAGGAGCAGCAGAGCCUUGUGCUGCUUGCCUGAGCUUCUGCUGUGCUUUGGGAGAUGGAAACCAAACAGAGCUGAGCAGAAGGCAGAUGAAUACCAAAGGGUGGCUGAGGUCCUGUGGGCUGUGUGCUGGGGCAGUGCAGAGCAUCUGCCCUCCUCUAAGGUAGAUGAUGUUUUGCAAAGUCCAAGCUGUUGGUGAGCAAAAAGCCUCCGGGGGAGGGCAGGGGAGGUGUUUGCUUGCUCUAUUUUGUAGCUGAAUUUGUUGCUCUUUGCCAACUCUGCCCCUGAGUUUCUACAGAGAUUUUGACAAGUUUGUAGCUUUUUGUUUUAGUAAACAAAGGAAAUAUUUUGUGAAGCAGAUUUUCAAGGAUAUAUUUUUAUGGAUAGUACAAAGUCAAAGGAGAUCCUCUUUGCUCUAAGGAGAGAUUUGAAUUAAUUUUGUAUGUCUCUAGGCAAAAAAAAAACCAACCCAAGAAACCCACAAGAAGAAAAAGGAUCCUAAAGAGUAUUAGGGACAAACUCCCCCCCCCUAGAGAUCAGAGCUGUUGGUGCCCAGAGUUGGUGAUGCUUGCACACUGCAGCUGGCUGCUGCCAGAGCUGCUGCUGGCUGUGAGCUCAGUUUGCUUCAGGUGAAAAUGAAAGGUUGAGUUGGGACUUCUGAGUGGGGGAUCUCUGCUCCUAGAGAGACUCAGAAGCCAUCUGGAUGUGACCCUGCUUGAGCCAAGGGGCUGGGUUAAGGUGGCCUGGCAGAGGUGCCAGCCAGCCUGCCCCUCCUGUGGUGCUGUGAGGCAGCAGAAGCUGUGUGUGCAGUGCCUGCUGCAGGAGCACUCAGGUGCUGUGCCCAUAGCAGGGGUUGGGUCCUGCUUCCAGUCCUGGCAGAGGGAACUGCAGCCUGGGCUCUGCUGCCAGCCUGCUGCCCAAACCCCCCCUGUGUGCUGUGCCAGCUCAGGGCCGAGUGCUUCCCACCCUGCUCACCCCUCCCUGUGUCCUGCUUAGCCAAGGCUCAGGCAGCAGUUUGUGUUCCAGUGCUGGACUUGUGAGCGAGCAGAGCUCUGCUGCGUUCAACACUCAGCUCCCCGGGGGCAGGGAAGGACUCGUUUUGUUUUUCUGCAGCUUCUAAGAGUCUGCUUGGGCUGAGCAUGCUCCACCCCCCCCCCAGUGCCCACCUGUGGGCAUGCACUCCGCUGGUGGGCACAGAGCUGCUCUCCUUGCACCUCCUGGAGAGAGUCCUGACACCAGGGAGCUGCUCCGAAAGAGGCUUUUGGUGCCUCCUUUCUGCCAGCAGAGCAGCUUGGGACGUGCUCAGCACCUCCAGGAGCAGGACCUGGCCACCUCCCUUCAGGUGGUGUUGGGAGGGUUUGACCUACAGGGCUGAAACUAAUUUGGUUAACUUCUCUGCUCUUUGAUCCUCACCCUGUGCUCUCCUUCCUUUUCCUUCAUUUCCCUUCUUUUGUAAUACAGAAUAAUAAUUAAUAAUAAUAAUAAUAAAAAAGCUUUCAAGUGUUAAGAGCAAAACUCUGGUGGCAAAAUCCUUUCUGUCCUCAGUGAAACCAACCUCCUGCUGCCAGGCACAACUCCCACUCCAUUUUUAUCCUCUUAAGGUAGUGUUUUGGAAGGAGCAGCUGAUGUCUCCUCCUGGGAAUAUUAAACACUACCAGGAGUUUGCUCUUUAAUCACUGACCACGAAGUACUUACUCUGGGUUUACUUCCAAAUCUGGAUUGGAAGAGAGUAAAAUUCUACAUCCUGAGAGUAAGAGCUGUAGUAGCUAACCCUGCUCUGCUGGCUGCUUCCAAACAGGAGUAAAAGCUUUGUCUGAACUGUAAAUAAUUGUUCAAGCAAUUAGAUGGUUGCAAAAAAAAAACUGACCUUGGUAAAUAAAAGUCACCAGAAAUUGAA